UACAGUAAAUGUAAUGUGAAGUUAAGUUUUAACCCUCGGGAAUAAAUCUAGGGUUAUGGAGGAGUCGAACGAGGAGCUCAGGGUCAUUCCCGAGCUCUACUUUCUGAUAGCGAAAUUUCUGUCGGGCGGUCCUCUGAAAGAAACUGCAAAGACACUGCUAAAAGAGCUCGAGACGAUAGAGGUGCUGCCCCGACGACUCGACUGGGAGGGCAACGAGCACGCCCAGUCUUACGAUGAAUUGGCAUCACAACAUGCAGACAUAUCAUGGCGGCGGCUCGUGUCGGUGUGCGAGCGCGCGCUGUGCAUCGCGCGCAAGGCCCCCGCCGCGCUCUCCGGGGGCGAGGCCGCGCCCGAGCCCGGGGGCGCGGGGGGCGCGCCCGACGCGGACCCGGGGGGCGCGGGGGGCGAGCUGGCCGCGCGCCUGUCGCUGCUCAGCGAGACCCUCGUGCGCCCCAAGCCCAAGUACGCCUCCUUCAAGCAGGACCACACGCUCGUGCGGCGGCUGGUGUCGCGCGAGCUGGGCGUGGGCGCGGCGAGCGUGGCGGGCGGGCGCGGCGGCCAGGCCAUGCUGCCGCCGCGCCUGCUGGGCGGCUUGCAGCUGCAGCGGCGGACGCUGGGCCACCUGUCCGCCGUGUACUGCGUGGUGCUGGACUGCACCGGGCGCUACGUGAUGACGGGCGCCGACGACAUGCUCAUCAAGAUCUGGAGCGCGGCGGACGCGCGGCUGGUGGCCACACUGCGCGGCGUGGGCGCGGAGGUGACGGACGUGUGCGUGUCGGCGGACGGCGCGCUGCUGGCGGCCGGGUCCGUGGACCGGCUGGUGCGCGUGUGGGCGCUGGCGGACGCCGAGCCCCGCGCAGUGCUGGCCGCCCACGCGGGGACCAUCACGUCCGUGCACUGGGCGCCGCCCGCGCGCGCGGACGUGCGCUGGCUGGCCUCCACGUCCACGGACUGCUCCGUGGCCUUCUGGACGUGCUCGCCGGACGGCCACUUCCUGUCGCAGCCGGUGCAGUACGUGGAGCGCAUGAGGCCGGGCGUGUGCCACAUGAUCUGUGCGGCCUGGUCCGCGGGCGGGGCCUUCCUGGCGGCCGGCAGCGCGGACCACCACGUGCGCAUCUACACGGUGGAGCACGAGCCGGGCGGGCCCAAGCGGGUGCUGGAGACCCCGCGCACGACGACGCCCAAGGACGGCAGCGCGGCCCUGUGGACGCUGCACGCCACGCAGUGGAGGCACGUCCUGCUGCGGCCCGAGCCCGCGCCCGGCGACAAGCGCCUGAAGAUGACCAUGGUGUGCUGGGACCGCAGCGACGCCUUCGUGCUCACGGCCGUGUCGGACUGCACGGUGCGGGUGUGGUGUGCGCGCUCGGGGGCCGCCGUGCGGGCCCUGCGGGGGCAUCGCGACGAGGCCUACGUGUUGGAGGCGCACCCCUUCCUGCCCGCCGUGUUCCUGUCGGCCGGCCACGACGGCCAGCUGCUGGUUGGGGGCGGCGCCGCCAGCGUGGCCGCCACCGACUCGCACGGACACCUGCUGCUGCUGGGGCUGGGCCGCGGACACCGCCUCUACUCGCAGCUGCCCACCGAGCUGUUCUUCCACACCGACUACCGGCCCGUGGUGGUGGACGCACUGGGCGGCGCCCACGACGAGCAGACAGACACGCCCCCGCACUUGCUGCCGCCGCCCUUCCUGGUGGACGUGGAGGGCGCCCCCCACCCGCCGCAGUUCCAGCGCCUGGUGCCGGGCCGCGAGAACCUGGCGCUGUCGCAGCUGAUCCCCGCCGCGGACGCGCCCCGCUCCCGCAUCGACUCGCUCAUCGAGGCGCUGGCGGCGCCGGGCGGGGGCGCGGAUGAGGCGCCGCCCGCUCAUGAUCAGCACGGCGGGUGA